AUGGACUCGCAAAUGAUAGAAAUAUUGGCAAUUUUUAUUAGUACUUUAACAGUUUUAUCAUGUUUAUUUUUAAAAGUGCCACAAAUUAUCUAUAUUAAGAAAAAGCAAUCUGCUGAAGGAAUAUACAUACAAGCAAUGCUGAUGGAAAUCACUGGGUUUACCAUAACAACACUCUACAACUAUACUAAUCAGUACAGUGUAAUGACAUAUUUGGAAUAUCCCAUAAUUUUACUGCAAAUUUAUGUACUAUUGUACUAUGUGUUAAAAUUCAGAGGAUUUAUAUAUGCACCAAUUGUGCUGGUGACAACAGUGGCUUACUUUACAACCACUCUUGGAUUUGCUUUUGGAUUAUUUCCAAAAGAUAUACUUUUAUAUCUUGUGCCUUUUUGUACACCUUUGAGUGGAUCCGCUAAAGUUACAUAUAUGUAUGGAAUUAUAAAAGCAGCGAAUGCAGAUGCAGUGUCCCUUACAACUUGGAUAAUUUCUGUCUUAACAAAUUUAUCUCGACUUUUUACCGUGUACGUCGAUUCAGGAGACAAAACCCUCAUGAUCAACUUCUUGGUGUCGACACUGUUGAGCUCCGGGGUACUGUUCUCUGCAUUGUAUUAUCAAAUGUAUCCUACUAAGAAGAAAACUCAAAGGCAACGAAGUAGAUCUGCUAGCGUUCAUGUCCAUAAAGAC